AAUAGUUAGUACAAAAUUUUUAUGUAAAUUUGCACUGAGACAUUAAAUUUAUACAAAAAAAUAAAAAUAAAAAUAACAGAUAGCUGAAAAUACUUAAGCAAUUUAGAAAAGCAAACCAAUAGCAUAGCGGGAUUGGGGAAGGAAUGGUACGUGAAGUUGAGUUCCGCAACGGGGUUUAGGUUAUAACGACAACUUGUCUACUUAAAACUUCACACCUCUUUCUAUUCUCUUCUUUUCUUCUUGUCGCCGCCCAACGUCCUCACACCACUUCUUCUCCCUCUCUGGCUGGUGAAGAAGGAAUUCAUUUUUUUAAUGUGACUGUGUGACUCAUUAAAAAAAGGUGAGCUGAAUUGGCAGCAUGGCUCCUGCUCAACUAUCAGCGGAAAUUGAUUCAGACAGUAAACUGCAUUCAACAACAAAUGUUGCACCCGGAAAGGGCAAUACAAAUUCUUUAGCAAACUCAGACGGGAAAGGUUUGAGGUGCAUGAGUAACUUUGAGGAUACAAUGUUUGAAAUGGAAGCUCUAUUGAAUGAACAUACCAAGGCUCCAGAGGAUGCCGAUCACAUGGAGGUUGAUGUAAUUGAAUUUUCAAGUACUAAUGACAUCAGGGUGGCUGAAGCUGAGGACCCAGAUGCAACUGAUUAUUCAAGCUCAUUUGCUGACACUUCAUCUGGAACUGAGAAUUUUUCUGGAUUUGAUGAUAUUGAAGUCGACUCACAAUUUUGUGGCAAUAAUAAUUUGGAAUUUGAUGGAUAUGGUCAUAUGUUUCCAAUGAGGAAGAAGAAGCUGACCAGUCACUGGAGAAGCUUUAUACGGCCAUUGAUGUGGCGGUGCAAAUGGACAGAAUUGAGAAUUAAGGAAUUUGAAUCACGGGCAUCCAAGUAUUCCCAAGAACUUGCAGCAUAUGAUCAGAGAAAACAGUUGGAAUUUGAUCAACUUACAUUAGAAGGUUUCGGUUCAAAGUCAUUGCCAUUUACUUUUCAAAAUCACCGAAGAAAGUACAUGAAGAGGAGGAAAAGAAAAAGAGUUGAAGAUGCAACAGACAUAACAUCAUAUAUGUCACAUCAUAACCUUUUCUCGUAUCACGAAAACAAGAAUUCUGAUCCAGAAUGUACUUAUAUGGCCAAUGAUCAUGUCCAUCCAGUCUUUCCUGAACAGAAUACCACUGGUCAUGAGCUUGGGAUUAAUGAUGAUUUGUCACUACUUGAACCCAAAGAUGGUGAUAAAUCCCUUGAGCAGAUUCUUCGGAAGAUUGAAAUGGUAGUCUCCCGGGUUCACAAGAUGAAGGCUCAACUUGACAUGGUGAUGUCCAAAAAUGCCGCAAAGUUUUCUUCGUCUGAGAAUUUGAGCCUUCUUGUGCCCAGUGAUGCACAGACUAGCUCAGCUCAUAGCCCUACAUUCUCUGCUUGCAACGGUGACACAAUAACUGUGGGUGCUGUAUAUCCUCCAAGUCAGCAUGUGUCAGAAUACGAUAUCGGAGAUCUGGUUAUGCCUGAAAGUGCAAUUUCAAGCUACGGAGAUGCUAUUCCUGUUCCUGAUAUAAUUGAAAGCACAGUUGGGUUAUUGUCCUCUGCUGAUGUCACCCUGCAUCAGCCACAAAGUGGAGAUUCAUGUGAAGAUAUUGUGGAUAAUGUCCUGAUACAUGAUCAAGCAGUUGAAGUAGAGAGCGACUGUUUCAAGAGGAUAUGUAAUCCACCCACUGAGAAGCAUCAGGAAGCAGAGAAAAGCGGGCAGGAAGAAAGCACCAGUCCUGCCAUUCCUACCCUAGAACCUGACUUUCUGGCAAAAACUGUCAUGCCUCGUGAGCAGUCAACGGUGAAAUCAUGCUUAGCCUCGGGAAUCCAUUUUCCCAGGAACAAGAGGAAGCGAGGUGAGCGUAAAGCUGGUUCAGGUGGUUGGAGCCGGAGAUGCUCAGGCAAGCCUGAUAACCAGUGAGUUGAAAAUUCUGUAGGUCUGAUCUGUUCACCUUAGCUUUAAAGAAAUGUGUUUGAUGGUGGAAAUUGUAGAUUUUGGCAUGGGGAUAAAUACCACGGUGUUGGUCUUGUUUGUAAAUGUUUUGAAGAAACAAACUUCUAUUCAUGGCAUUUGAAUCCAGAAAAUGAUAAAAGUGGAGUUGAAUAUAUUUUUUUUUUAUCUUCGUUCU